GGUGUGUUAUAAAAGAGGCCGCACCCCGGACUUGUGUCAGUGCAAGGAGACCGAGUGACAGCAACAUGGCCAAGUGUAGCCUGGACACUGCGACAACAAUCUACAACUUCUCUGCUCUGGACAUCGAUGGACAGGAGAUAUCCCUCAGCAAAUAUAGGGGUCACGUGGUCCUGGUCGUGAACGUGGCGUCCAUCUGAGGGAAGACGGAGCGUGACUACACCCAGCUGCAGGAGCUCUUCUCGCGGCACGGGGACACCAGAGGGCUUCGCAUCUUGGCCUUUCCAUGCAACCAGUUCAAGGCACAGGAGCCAUGGAGUAAUCCGGAGAUCAAGAAAUUCGUGACAGAAAAAUACAAUGUGCAGUUUGACCUCUUCAGCAAGAUCGAGGUCAAUGGUGCCAACACUCACCCGCUGUACCGAUGGCUCAAGUCGAGACUCGCAGGAAAGGAUGGAGAGGACCUUGAGUGGAAUUUCUGCAAAUUUCUUAUCGACAAAAACGGACAGCCUGUCAAGAGAUACGCAUCAACUGUGCCUCCAUUUGACAUCGAGGGAGAUAUGCUGCAACUGUUCUAAAGUAAAUGGCGGAGAAGACAGCCUGUCAAGUUGUGCCACGUCCUCUACUCUCUAUCAUCUCCAUCUUCAGGUCGCUAGUGAAUGACCGACACCAGCUGGCCGGUCAGCAGACUGCAUGACGUCACAGUCGCAAACCCUCCCAGAUGGUGGGGCUGUGACAGAUGGUGGUCUUGUGACACAUCACAGGAUGUCUGGCUGACCGUGGCACAGCUCACCGCCAGUUCCUCGCUACCGACUUUCUUUCCCUCUCUUGAAGUCUGUUAUCGGACGAUCUAUUUUUGUUUUAGGUCUUCGAGAAAUAAAAUGUUUCUAUAAAUAAAUUUUAAAAGCUAU